UGUCGACCUUCAUCUGAGACCCAGCCCUGCAGGCGUGGGGACAGGAGGCUGGCACCAAAUCACCCAGGUUUGCGUUAGUGGGCAGGCCUGCCAGAGACGUGCCCCAGGAAGGUCGGGGCUGAGCAUGUGGGGACACACGGACCCGCCUCUCCCAGGGGAGUCGGCACGUUGGAAAGGACCUGGCAGAAGGAAGUCUGGAGGAGCUCUGGAGGCUGCUUUACAACCAAGAUGGUCUGAUUCUAAAGCAGGAAAGAUGUGAAGGGGUAGCACUCACAUUGUUCUGCCCAAAGUCCAUGAAGGCAGUGGGAUCGACACCUAAACCCCUUCUGCUUCCCCAGUGGCCGCACAGGGGCCCGCCCGGCGCAGGAGUGGUCCGGGGCAUCGUUCUGGAAAGGUCUGGGGACAAAGGGCCUCCCAUCCGCCGGUGCCCCCAUUGCUGGCGCGGCACUGGGUAAUGAGAGUCUGCCGAGAACAAAGGAGUUAAUUCCGUAGAUCUCUGAUUUUCAACUGGGAUUUCAGCAGGAAGCCCCAGACAAAACAGAUUUUAAUUCCCUUCAGUGUUAACGCGCACAGGGGCCAUGUCAUGUCCUUUGUGUUCUAUCUCCAAAGCUGCUGAUGGAAAACAUCUCAAGCUGAGUCACCCCACAUCAGCCCCGGUUCGGGUUCAUUUCAGUCCAGGGUUUCGCUGGGGCUGGGUGGGUGUCCUGGGGCUGCCUCCCCAGCAUCUCCGCCUGGGCGGCUCAGAACAACAGAAACCCGCCCCUCCCAGGUGGGAAGGCCAAAGGUCUGGGUGUGGGCAGGGCCGCACUCUCCGGGAGGGGCCGAGGGGCGGCUGGGCUCCGAGCCCUCUGCCUCCCAUCGCUGGCCUCCUCCGCCCAGCCGCCCCACCCCUGCACCUGCCCGAGUCACCCCUGGGUGCUCACGUGGCAUUUCCCCUUCCUGUAAGGACUCAGUCACUCUGGACUUGGUUAUGCCACAGAGACCCCACGAACGAGGUCACUUCCCAGGUACAGGGCUCAGAACCUGGAGGGGGGGGGGACACAGUUCUACCCCUAGCAAUGACAAGCUCAAAUUUGAGGUAUUUUUAAAAAUAGACGCACCCUGUGGCUCUUCCUCCAAGGCCCAGAAUCUACUUGAACUUGCCUGUUCUGUUUUUCAUCUCACGCCUGGUUAAUUCAAGUCCCUUCAGGGCACAGAGCAAGCAACGACAUCCCUCUGGCUUCCCACCGAAACCACCCCAGCCCCGAGCUCGGUGUGCGGUUCCCCGCUUGUUACCGAGACCGCCCUCUGGAGGGCCAGCCCAGAGCCCAAGCCCCACGUUCAGAGUCUUCCUCUGGAUGGUUCUUUCUCAGAGUAAGCUCCGUCAGCGUGAGCACGCGUGGCUCGGGGUUGAGCUGCCCCCCAGGAGCGCUGGGAGGGCCCCGGGGUCGCGCGGGGACAGACAGCUGGAUGGGGGGGGGCUGUGGUUGGGAGGAACAGGGGAGUAAGAAGCCCCCACCACUGACUGGCCCUGGGUGUCAGAUCCCGCCACAAAAGGGCUGGCACCAGCCACCCUGCAGGCGGAGAAUUAGCAGGAGGGAGAACGCUGGCUGCCGCUUGGCCUCAGUGCGAAGCAGGAGGAGAAGAAAAUAAAUAUCCGUGUUCCCUGUGACUGACACAGUCUUCAUUUGCAUGUCAUUCAUGAGAAAUGCUGAUAAAGAACCGCUCACAAUGCGGGAAGGGGGGGAAGGGGAGGAAAGAUUGCUUUAGUUGAAAAUAAAGGGGUUUGUCUCAGCGGGAGACGAAAUAUUCACAUUAACUCCCAGGAUUUCCUCUGGUCCUGUGGGGGUCUUAGAUGCUUCAGGCAGCACGAGCCACACGUCGCCAUUUCAAACAAAGUCAGUGUCAAAAAUGAUACUCCGUGAGGUUUUUUGUUUUUUGCUUUUUGUUUUUCUGGAAAGAAAGAGAUAGAAGAGAAAUUAAUUCAUGAGGACACUGAAUGCUUUAAAAAAAUGCAAGCCGUCACCAGAUGAAGACUAGAAAAUGAAAGACUCCUUUUUUCGGGCUGAUUUGAAAACAAGCAGGGGGACCCACAGACUGAACACAGCAAGACUGACUGUGUCCCCCGAGCGAGAAGGGUGAACAGCCCAGAACCACAGUAGCGGAUACGCGAUCUCACGGAAUAACUCCAAAACAGACGCCCCCCUUCCCCGAGAUUGCUGAGUAUAACCUUCUAUUCUGUUCAAAACAGGCGUAAAGACCGAAAGAGCCCAUCAGAGAAAGCUGAGAAAACAGCCAUUUCCUGCAGAUGGGUGCACACGUAGGGCACCGACCUUCCCUGUCGGACUGCCCUCUGCAGGGUCCCCGCCCGGAGGGUGCCCACCCGGAGGCUGGUGCCCGUCAAACGCCCUCCUUCAGGAUCUCUGUUGGGGAACGGUGAUCUGUGCAUGCGGUCGUGCCUCCCCAUAACUGACGACCGGGAGGAGCCAGCUCACGGGUUUCUGCUGAAGAGGUGGGUGCUUGGACAUUGCCCGGGAGGCGGGGGGCAGGAUGACAGAGGCGAGGACAGAGCGGAAGAGAGCUCGUUACUGAGCCAACACUGAUGGCUCAGGACUUCCGCUCACAGCAAGCGAGGAGCGCCGUCCACGCGGGCCCCAUGUGACAGAGUCUGGAUGGGCCCUAAGGAGCACGUUGCUUUGUCUAGGAAUUUUCAUCGCGUAGGAAAGAACUUAAAAAAAAAAAAAAAAAAAAAAAAAAAAACUCUAAGAUUAUUUUUUCAAUAAAGUGUAUGUAUUUAGAAUCUGAAAGGGUUCCAGGUUGGUUUUUAAAUGAUGUGAGUUUGAAAGUUUAUCUGUGGGUGAAAGUCUCGUCUGCAUUUAGCAGCGACUGUGGGUUUACGACUUCUGACGCCGGGUCCUGACAGUCUGUAAUGCGUUCUCUGUUCAAAGACACAGUUUGACGGAAUUUUCGAGUGAGGCAUUGCUGCUUCAGAUCAUUUGUCUGAUGGGGGGGAUGUGAUUUUUGUACAUUUGCAUGUUUGGUGUUUGAAGAACGGUUUUCUUGAAGGAGCUCAAACCCCUUCGCGAGUCUUGGCUUCAUAAGCAAAGACAACGGGACCGGAUUCUUUGAGCUGAUCUUGGAUUUCACUUCUGAUUCCCUGGGCUCAGCCGACAGGUGGGAACUGCCGCAGUCACUGGGCCUGCGUGGCCUCUGGCUGGGACCACAGCUGGAACAGAUGGAGACACUUGCCUUCCCCUCAGCUUUCCAGGGCGGGAGCGCGUCACAGACAUAGGCUCUCCUUCUCCAGACCCCAGGACACUCCACAUUGAGGUGGGGAGGGCACAAGGAGCCCCCAGCAGCACUCACAAUGCAUGUUUCUCUCUGGACUUUGAUUUCAGACAAAUAGUCUGACAAUGUUAAUGUCUCAUUUAUCUACUUCUGUCCGUGUGUGUCUUGGAAUGGAGCAUGUAUUACAUGCUGUCAAAAAACCAGUGCGGGGAGCAGACAAAAAUCAGACUGUGCUAGAUGCAAAGAAAGUUUUAAACCUAUAAACGGGCCUAGCUAUGGUCCUGGGGCUCCUUCUGGUCCUCCCGAGGCCUGGUGCCUUUCAGAAGCACCGGUGCCCUCCCAUAAAGUUGCCCGGGAGAGGCCCCGCUGCCCAGGGGUCUGUGAGUGUCCACAGGUGAGCCCAGAGCUGGUGUCCCAUGUUACACGUGAUGUCGUACCGAAGUCACCAGAGUCGGAAACAUCAAGAACCCCCCCUGCCGACAAGAGCUCCUCUCCUGCAGCAGGCUGGCAGCCUUGGGCUUGGACGGUGAGCUGGGUCCCUGUGGAACACACUGUGGCCAGGACAGGAAGCUCAUGGUAUGUGGCCCCAAAGGUCUGACACUAUGACCUGUGAAUGGGGUUGGGGUCUCAGUGCAAGGGUUCACAUGCUCAGUGGCUGAGAGGUUGUCCGACUGCCUGCCCAGAAAGGGGCAGCUGAAUGUGAGCAAGAUCAGAAACCAUCAGAGUUUCCUUACACCUUCUCCACAGUUACUGGAAGUUCUACCACAUUUUCCUUAAGAAUCAAGAUCUUUUAAGGUGUUAAUUCAUAAUGUAAAGGAUCAGUCAGCCAACUCAGCACUUCCGUCCAGAGGCAUAUGACCACGGACACCAAGCACCCACCUGGUGAUGGAAUUCAGCAGCACGGAGCUCCUGAGACCCAAUCCCGUAGGAGUUUCUAAUGGGUCACGGAGCUGGGAGCCCGGGAAGGGUGCGACAUUAGACUGCUCACACCUCUGGUACCAUGAAGAGAGUUUCAUUGAAAUACGGACGAUUAUUCUCUCCUCCUCUAGUGUGUAAGCAUCUGACACUUUCAAAGAGUGUCAUUACAGGCAAUCACCUUCCAUUAGCUAUUGUUCCCCGCUGUCCCUGCAGUCGGCUUUACCACCAGCCCACUUGCUCAGCUCAGCAAGCCAGUGCAAGAAAAGACUCACUACUUCCAAGAACAAACCAACAGAAACCAGAGUAUAAGAAAAAAGAUUCUCCCUCCAUAUUCCCAAAGCUAAACCCAGGAGUCAAAACUAGUAAUCCUUUCUGUGUGCUGGGGCAGGAGUGCCAUGUGCUGCCAGCAAACCACACUGUGCCCUCCCUACUGACGUCGCCCAAAAGACCGCGGGGUGUGUGUGUGCACACACAUGGACACACACACACCAAAAGACUACCAUCGCCUCCCUUCUCAGAGAACACACACAUGUACACCACCACCACCACUACCAUCAAUGCCGCCACCACCACCACUGUUACCACCAUCACCAUCAUCACUACCAUCAUCACCACUACCAGCAUCCUCACCAUCAUCACCAUCAUCAUCAUCAAUACCACCAUCACCAUCACUACCAUCACCAUCAUCAUCACCAAAACCACUAUCACUAUCAUCAUCAUCACCAUCAUUACCAUCACCACCAUCACCAUUAUCACCAUCAUCAUCACCAUCAUCACCGUCAUCACCACCAUCACCACCAUCGUCACCACUAUCAUCACCAUCAGCAUCACCAUCAGCAUCACCAUCAUUACCAUCACCACCAUCACCAUUAUCACCACCAUCAUCACCAUUCACCAUCAUCAUCACCAUCAUCAUCACCAUCACCAUCACCACCAUCACCACCAUUGUCACCACUAUCAUCACCAUCAUCACCACCAUCAUCACCGUCAUCACCACCAUCACCACCACCAUCACCAUCAUCACCAUCACCACCGUCAUCAUCAUAUUGUCAAUAUCUCCACUACCUUGGGUUGUUUUUGCACUCAUUCAUUCAGCACUUAUUCCUUUCACACAUUGGCCUUCCCCCUUAAUUCAGCAUUAAUUAACUGCUUCCUAUAGGUACUCAUCACUUUGCUGGGCUGUGGAGAGGCAGAAAUAAAUAACCCAUAAUCCCUGUUCUUAGGUCUCAUAGACUGUAAGGAAUAUAAGGGACACAGAAAAAUAAACUUAGCCUUACUGUAAAAAUGCACUUUCUUAUAUAAGUCAGACUCUAGAAACCAGGGUAGCGAGCUCUGAAAGAGAGCUCCAGUGUUUAGACACGGAGUGGUACUCCCUGGCUGAGGGACCAAAACCCAGCAAGCUGAGAAACACCCCUCCUCACCGCCCCCCUCCAGCAUGGAUCUCAAUGCCUCGGCAGAACACUCAUGGGGGCUGAGGUCUCAUCACCAGGAAGGCGCCCACGCUGAGAUCGGGGCUGGCCUAGGCGUGUUCCUCAGGAGGUGGGUUUGGGAAGGUGCUGCUCGUCACCGUGACUGGCCACCAGGUCCCAGGAAGCUUACGGAAUUUCUAAGAAUGUACCUAAUGACACAUUCCCCCAGGAGCUAAUGGAAUACUCUUCGUCUUGCCACAUCGGCAUGAAAUACCAGCCUCUCGACCACACUCGGCCUCCCUGCAGGAAAGGGGGGUCUGGGAGUUCGUUCAUCAGACCGUCGCAGAGGCAGAUUGGAAACGGAUCGGCAGAUCCGUCUCCAGGGUCACGAGGUCACGUGCAGAGCACGUGUUAGUCAAAUGAACUUUUUCAGAAGAGUGUCUCCUUUUUGGAGCGGUCAACAAGGCUCCACCGUCCGUAGAAACCACGGCGCACCCUGAGCUCGGCUGUCCCUCUUCACCUGCAGGGUCACUGCACGCAGAAAGCCAUGGCGGCACCUUCACAGCAGACAAAGAACAGUCUCAAAAUGCCGUAAUGGGCCCAAGUAAUGCUCUUGACAUGACAGGUGCCGGGACGUUGGAGCUCGUCUCUCUAGACAGUGUAAUCUAACACAGUAUUUGGGACACUGUCGGUCAAGCAGAGUGACACGGUUCCCGGAGCCUCGCACCACGGAUGUCAUCCGUGUCGUCAGCCCCAGAACGCAGGAAGCAGAGCGGAUCGAUCUCUCCCGCGCUGGCUCCCGCCGUCCCUCUCCUGCCCUCUGCGUUCACCCAGACGCUGCUCGGAGCUGCCCCGACGGAGGAGCCGAGGGGGCGUGGGCUUCGGGAGAUGCCCCCGCCUCGCAGAAAGCACUGCAGUGUCCACCCUGAGCGAGGCGCGCUGGCUCCGUGGGACGUGGGUGACCCCAUGACAAAUGAAGAAGGGGUAUCAGUACAUAGUUCAAGACGUUGAGCUACAACAGGUACCGGGGCAGUCUGCCUCCCACCGCCGUCCCCAGCCACUCACAUUCCUUCCCUGGAUGCGACCUGUGGAGCCGGCUUCUCCUGCAUCUUUCAAGAAGUAUUUUGGCAUCAACAGAUACACUCACACAAUUUCAGGAUCUGCAAACUGCGCACAGCCUCGUGGUCUGAGGAGGACGACAUGCAUGUGGCGAGCCCACCCCCGCGUUUCCGGCUCCUAGCGCCGCAGCACGCAGACAGGCCGCCCGCGCCGACCCCCUCUGCCUUUCUGUCGCAUCUGGAGCCCAGGGCCAGUCCCCAGCCCAGACCCGGGCCAACCCAACUCACCCGAGUCUCUGCUGACUUCACUCAAGGACAAGAGCACGUGAAGUUUCAUUUUUCCUCUCGUUCUGAGAUGCCCUGAUGAACAUUAUUAACCGUCUGUUCCGCCCACAGAACCCCCACGCGGACUAGGAAGCGCCAUGUUUUCUUUUCCUUCCUUUGUUCGGCCCCAGUUCAGGCUUCCUGGCGUUUGUUCCCACGUGUGCAGGUCCCCACGACCGUCUAAAGGCAGCGUCAUUUAGCUCCAAUUAGCUAAACCCAAAAGGGAAUUUGAACUUUACUCAAAAGGAUGCUAAUGGACACAUACCCCAUGGGGAAAAGAUACACACGCCCCAGUGCCCUUGAACCACUCGCUUCCAUGCGCAGAAAACAGACGAAUCCCAGAAGCGGAGCUCGGAGCGGAGGACACACGCCCCCGGGGCGCACGCGGCGGUCUCCCUCACAGACGGGACCAGAUGGGGUGAGACGCACAGCCCAGGCGGGACGCUCUAAAUUAAAGCAAGAAAUAACUCUCCCGGGGAUGAGGUCAGCGCUUCCCUGGGGGCGGCUGGAGCGCCGGCCUCUCCCCAACACCCUGGGCGACAACCCUGGGUGAUCACAGCACAGCUGUCCACAUGUCCUGGAACAUGUUCUACUUGUUAUUUGUUGAUUUUUUAUUAUUGUGUCUAGUUGGCCACUGCGGAGGACAACAUUAGGGUUUGGUGCAGUGUUCGGUGGUCCGUGAGUUGUGUGCGACACCCAGCGCCCACCGUCACAUGUGCCCUCGCCAUGCCCGUCCCCGGGUCACCCCAUCCCCCACCCCGGCUCCCCUCCCCUCAGUGUGUUCCCCGGGGUCCAGAGUCUCAUGGCUUGUCUCCCUCUCUGAUUUCUUCCCACUCGGUUUUCUGUCCCUUCCCCUGGGGUCUGCUGCGCUACUCCUUAUGUUCCACAGAUUUCAAAAGAAAAAUACGGACACAGACAGAACCCCCAGCACCGGAGAGAGGAUCCAUGUAAUCCCAAAGACACGUUGGCAAACGGGCAAGACGGAUAAACAACACUCUAAUGUUGCGCCACACUCUCUUCAGGGCUGUUAGAUCAGUAAGUCUCAAGGCCGUGGCAUUGCCUUCGGGCCUCCCCGCACGCCGUGUAAAGAGGUUCCAGAAUUCCACCGACUAAAUAGUAAAAAUCAUCCGUGUGGGUAUUUAAAUCAGUCCCCUGGAUUUCAAAUCGAAUGUUUCUUUGGGUCAUAAAAUGUCCACAACCUGGUUCAGGUGCCAGGAGACCUCGCGAAGGCGCCCACACGGCGGGGCCACCAGCCGGGUCACGGGGGUGCCACGACACGCCGUCCCCUGCAGCGACUCGAAGGCACUUCCGGUCCACGCUCAGAAGCCGACGUGUCCUCAUGAAACCAACACUGCUCGUUCGGGAAACACGCCGUGGGAAAAUGGAGAAGCAAAUGCUCACGUCGAUGGAGUUUGUUGCGGGAAACCAUGACCACGACCGACGCUGCCAUCCAGGAUCAUGUCACAGCGAGGGUGGAGGAAACCGUCACUUUCCUUGGGGCGACGUGGGGACCGAGGGAAACCCCCACAGCAGGAUGUGGUUUUGCCAAGACUGGAACAGGCUCAUCGACCGUCGCUCUCCAUCGGCCCGAGCCGGCACUAGCGGCGCCCGUGGACUUGCCCACCUCCCCGGCCCGUGGCUCCGCAGGGUCACUGUCUCACUGAAGCCACGCAGUUUCCGUUUGGCUACUGAAUCCGUGCGGGAGAAGAGCCGCCGCAGGUGAUGACCUCCACGAAGGUCGCUUGUUGUCCUGGCAAGGACACGAUGCCACAGCCACCAGCACCCUGAGCACCGUCCCUUCCGCCCCGAGGCCGCCUCGCCCUCCCCGUCUCUGCUUCCUCCCCAAUAACCAUGACCGCAGAGUUCAGCCCAUUCUUGGGGGCGGAGGGAGGAAGGCUGGCAGCACAGGGACCCGCCUACCUUGGAGACAUGUCGGGACAUUUGAAGACCUUCUUAGGACACGGAGCUAUGCCCUAGGUGACCAUCUCCUGACGAACAGCCGGGGCACCUGGGCCCAAGCAAACCCUCGGCUCCUAUAAAGCUUGGGGGGACGCCACGACCGCUCCCGCUCCGUCAGCCAGAACACAUCCCAGGGCCUGACGCCAGCCUGCAGGGGCUUGCACGUUGGCCCAAGGACGGCGGGUAUGUGCAGAACGCCCCAUGUCUCCCGGGUGCUGUCACAGGAGCUCGCCACCCACCGCCGAACGCGGAACACCUCAACACAAGGCGAAAUGACGCACGACAAAACCACAGACUUUGCAGGAGCCGCUCUCCCGUGGAGCAGUGCAGACAACGCUUCUCUCACGCACACGCUGAGUCCAUGGGGACCAUCUCCAGUUGGCCACUGGAAGGGAAGGCGCAGGAGCUCCUGGGGGGGUCAGUGGGUUAAGCCUCUGCCUGCAGCUCAGGUCGUGGUCUCAGGGUCCUGGGAUCGAGCCCCGCGUCGGGCUGUCUGCUCAGCGGGGAGCCUGCUUCCCUCUCUCUGCCCCUCCCCCUCAACUUUUUCAGGUUUUCUCUCUUUCUCUCUCUCAAAUAAAUAAAUAAAUAAAUAAUCUUUCUUAAAAAGAGACGCGCAUAGAUCACGGAACGCACAGAUGCCAAAGGAAAUUCUUGAGUGUCAGAGUGGCCUUCGGGAACCCGAUCUACCAUUUGCAAAGCCGACCUUCCCUGUGACCCUCCUGGGCGCAGGGGGAGGGGUGGUGCCGCGUCACGUUCUGCUGAGAAAUUAGCCCCGGAGCCCCA